AUUUUCAACAUUCAUAAAGAACAAUUCAUCCUUUGCAUCCUAUUUCAACUACUGUGAAUAAGAAAAAAAAAACAACAAAAAAAAUAAAUGAAGAUUCUUUAAACAUACCCAAGGAGCCAACAUACUGUGAAGAUGAAACCUCUGUUCGUAUAUACGAUUUUUAUUAGAGAUAGAUAUUAAUCAAAUGGAGAGAAAAAAAAAAGUGUACUUUAACAAGUAUUAACAAAAAAAAAACCCAUAUGUAUGUAUCAAAAAAGGAUAGAUUUAAAGGCAAGAGCGUUAAUGAAAGGCUAGAAUAAAGUUUUAUUAACAUUUCGGUGAAAAACAAAAAGUAAUCGGUCUUUCUAAACGAGUUGUGAUUUUUGUUGUUACUGUUGGCAUACUUUAAACUACGCGUACAUAUGGCUGUGCGUGUGUGCAUAUGUAGUUUUGUAAACUAAAUAAACUUGAUUACAGAAAAAAUUUGGAAAAAAAAAUUCCUUUUACAAGAGAACAUGUAAAAUGCUUUCCAAAUAAUGUUUAUAUGAGUGCAUGCGUGCGUAUAUCCGCAAUAACCUUUGAUCGAAGGGCAAAGAAUAUUUCCAUGGGAUAUGUCUAACGAAAAAUAUAUGGAUCUACGAUAUACUGGCGUUGGUAGCGCCGAGGGAUCUAAUAAAAGUGCAAAACGCCCAAUACGACCAAAACUAUUGAAAUUAAGCGAUGUGACGAUACCACAUCGAAGCCGAAAAAAAACCAAAACAAAGACGAAAGAUCGUUCCUUGUCCUCGGUUCGUGAUCGUAUAUAUGAUGAUCCCGCUUACACCGAUGAUAUUAGCCAUUUGGCUAAUCCAAUGAGGCGUAGCAGUUUUGCUUCGACAAAUUUAAUAAAUGAAGCUACCAGCGGCGUUGGUGGUGGUAGCAGUUCUUUGGGUAAACGUAGCAAGCUUACUAAAGAGUUUUUGAAGAUCGCUCAAGAGGAUUUGGGGCGGCUCGUGUUCAGCAGUUCUGAUGAUGACUUACAACCAGUAGCUGCAGUUAGGAGUUCGGACAGGGGACGAAGUUUGGAGCGUGGUAGAAUGAAAAAGGAGUCCACUAAAGAGCAUAAAUCGAGCCGUUCUGAGAAACUUACUACAAAACGUAAUUUAAGUUUGGAUAAUAAACUACAUGAUUCGCAGCAUAGUGAAAAUGUGGAUGAGUUGAUAUCCGAAAAUCCGGCUCCUUCGAGUUUAACGCGACACAACUUAAGUAAACAGCGCACUGAUGAUAGUUGUAACGGUAGUCGGCAAAGACCUCAAGAAUCUCUACCGGAUCAAGACGAUCUGUUUUCAACGCGUAGCUCUAAGGGAAAAGAUUCUGCAACGACAGCGGAACGCGACACAUCAACUGCUGCUUCUGUCAGCAGUGUGAAUACUUCGAGCACUACUAAAAUGCAAAUGGGCCGCCGUUUUUUGAAAGGUGAAAUUGGUAUAAAAAGUUUUAAUUAUUAUUUACUUAAAGAGGGUCUAAAAAGCUCAAAAAAGUUUGUGGAGAAACAGCGUAACAACCUACAAAUGAAUGCGACGAAUGGCGGUGCCAACAACUUAAACAUAACAACAGUGAGUACCAGUCCCACUAAUGUUGUCACUAGUUCCAUAUCUACUCUAAACAACAAAAAUAAAUUGCAAACUCGGAGUGAGGAGAAUAUUUACGAAGAAAUAUUUUUUAAAGAUGCCCCCUUGAGCGAUGACGAUGAAAAUCAAAACCUCCCAAAUAGCCAACAAACAAUUAACCCAAACUUAUUGCAAACCCCCUCUGAUACAGUGUCACACAGUGGUAAUUUAAUAAAUGAUUCGAUAGUGUACGCUGACUGUGAGUUAUGUAUGCAACAGUGUAAUAGACAAGAGUGUGAUUAUUGCUACAGAGCAGAGAGGGCAAAUAAUGCCGGAAACUCAAGCAGCCAACUACAAUUUCAACAACAAACAUUUAAUUUAAGUUCUUUGAAAGCCAAUCAGGUCGGCAAUAAUUAUCAAAGCCAAACAUCCAUGAUUAUUAAUAACAGCAGCGCAAUUAGAUCAACGGCUAACGAAACCCACGUAACCACAGCUCCCAUCUUAGAAUUUCAGUCUUACAACCCCAAUAAUCCGGGUGUGUAUAAAAUUGAAACUACACCGGUAGCUAUUACCGGUGAUUAUAAUCCGAUUUUGCAAUUUCAACAGCAGCCAUCGUCUAAUAUCAGCGCACAGCACUAUCAAAAUCAAUACUCGACUUCAAAUAACAGCACUGCGACAACAACACCUAGCGAAAAUCAACAGCAACAUCGGCAGAAGCAUCACCAGCAUCAUCUACAGCAACAACAACAAUUUUAUACCAUAAACCACCAACAGCAGCAGAAUACUUAUGGUACACCUGUCAACACCACGUUUUGGUCACAAAACGGUCAAGUAAGACAGCGAAAUAAUCAUCAAACUUCAUCGUAUAAUUUGAACAACCUGAGUUCUGUUGGGGGCCAUUUGUCUAUGCAACGUAUGAAUACCAAAUCUAGUUCCUCUAGUGAUUCCUUGCAGUAUUAUCAUCAGCAGCAGCAGCAACAGCAACAAAAAUUUAAUACUUUAACACAACUAGACGUCAAUCAUUAUGCAGCUAGCCGUGGGGAAGUGUCAACAGCUUCUACACCCUACCUUUACACACAACCCAUGUAUCCGUUAAUGUAUGCCGCUAGUGGACGUUUGGGCGGUUCUCAGAUAUUGUUGGACACGAACAGCUCGGCAGCGUACGAUGCUCCAACCGGUAUUUAUAAGACAGAUUCGCGGGCCUCCAUAUUAAGUGAAUAUUCAUUGUCACGCAGUUCUGAUACCUAUUAUGCUAGUCAGAGGUAUGGAGGGGCUGGUUUAACUCGUCACUUCCCACACACUCAAAUGACUAACACUCACUUUGGAGAUUCUCUUCUAUCUUCGUAUGCAACUUCAGCUCAAAGGCGAUAUUUUGGUAGUGCUGAGAGUUGUCGCUUUGCUUUCGACUGUCGCCGUUGCAGUUUUGAAAAUGUACCAGUAAGCACAAAUACCUCCACUGUACGCAACGGUAAAUGUCCUUAUUCAGAGAACUGUCAUUUUGAUUGUCGAAAUUGCGACUGUUCCUCAAAUUAUUUCUCUUCUGACUUUGAUGAGUUAUAUAGCGGUGGUGGUAUACCUCGAAAAACGGCUAAAGGUACUUUGCCGUCCACAGGAGGUCAGCCCCCGCCAGCUUUAGACGACUACGAAGAGAAUGCGGCUAACGAACGUAAGCAAUCUUUAAAACAAAAUAAAUAUGCUCAAGACUUCUUUAAACAUGUCAGCGAUGUGAAGCGCAGUAUUUAUCAAGCAGAAAUGCAAAGAGCGGGGGUCAUGGAACCGGGCAAUUCAAAGAAACUAUGUGGGAAAGAGAAGAACGAAUCAGAAAAAGAAGAAUGUGGCAGCAUGACAACCUUGCCUCUAAUCAAAGAGCGCUCCCGAAAGCCCACGCCAGCUCCUAGAAAUAGUUUACAUCAGAAUCAAACAACAGCUGGUCAAUUGACACCACAUCCUCUGACAAGACGUUUACAUCAACAAAAAAACGAAGCUAUAGAAGAAAACAAGCCGGAAUACUCUUCGUUGGACCGUUUGGUUAUUAAACAUACUGGAACUAUUCCCAAAAUGUCAGUAAACGACCAAAAACAAAGCCCGCAGCAUGCUUCGCAGACAUAUGGCAAAUCUAACGAACGAUUCCAACACAGCGUGGACCCAGUAGAUAGUAAGCUACAUGGCUCGUCCGUUGCUUCUUUGUCAAAUAAAAGACAUGGAAGCUCCUUGAAAACUUCUACUAGCUUGAAUGCAGCGCUGCCUUUAAAACGACGAGAUAUACCCGCACCACCUCCACCAUCUCCAGCAACUUAUGCUGACUUGCAAGAAUUGCGGUACAGUCUGAAGCAGCAGCAACAACGCUGUCAAAUCACACCAAAUAGUAACAACACAAGCGAAGACGCAGACCGAAAGCUGAAGAUUAGAAAAUAUGGUGCGAGUGACGCCGACCAAGAAAGCGAACAAGCUCUACAUAAUGAAAAAAAUAUAAAAGAAAAGGACAUAAUAACAGAAAAUCUUGUAGCGUGUUCAACAUCGCCCCUGCGCCCACUUUCGACAACAGAACAAUUGCACACAUUGCAUACAACAAUAACAAUGACACCAACUGAGGAUUACCUAACAAUAACUGAGGCCUCUGUUUCUUUGCCAACGGAAAGCGCCAACAAAAGCAGCUUUGAUGUAGUUAGUUGUGGAACAACUUCAACUGAUAUGGCCACCGCUGCGACUAGUGUCUCAAGGGAUAUGCAAGUAAUUGUUAGCGAACAACAGGCUAACGAUGAUGAGUCAACUUUCAAUGUCGACAUUAUUACCAGCAAUAGCAUCGUUAUCCCUAUACAAAGUGAGGCUGCAGUUAACAACGCUAUACAGGCAGCCACUGUAUCUUCUCUCCCUUUUGCGUCUAUUUCCGCUUCAUCAGCUACAGCGACGACUUUCGAUUCCCAGCAACGUGAUCAAAACGAUGACGAUGACGUUUUCUAUGAUGCGCGUAGUGAAGACUCCAAUUGUACGGCAGCCAGUUAUAGUGCAGCAUCCAAUAAACAACAAUCUCACCAUUUUCUCAUAGACUUGGAAGCUAAACGACAAACGCAACCCCACCCCACCCCACUGUUAGCUCAUCAACAGGAAAUGAAACAACAAAACCUCGAAGCAAAGGAAAUGCUUGAAGAGCGACAAAAACAGGAGCAACAAUCUAAUGAAAACUGUUCAAUUCAAAAUAAAAUAAACGAACAAAAAAAAGAGAAAACUAUGCAAAAUCAUGUGGAAAAUAUUAAUAACCUUAACGAUAAUAACAACAAACACAACGAUAACGACAAUAAGGAAAAUGCAACAGCCUGUAGUGAUGUAGAUAACAACCAUGACCAAAGUGACAACAACGAUGUUGACGAUAAUGGUGAAAACGGCGCUGGAGAAGUAAUAUCAACAGAAAAGGACAAUGCCAUAAACGCAAUUGUUACAACAGCCACAGCGAUAUUAACAUCAACAACAACAACGAUAACAACACAAUUAGUCAAGGUUAACAGUAUAUCUGAAUAUGAAAAAACAAGAAAACAAACGAAAUGUAUAGGAAAAGAAUCUAGUAAUGCAAUCGUUAAGCACAUAACAUCACGCGGUGGUAAAGAUAGAAAUGCAGAGAAACCUGAAAAAAGGUCUAAACACAAUCGAAAAGAACCAGAAAAGGAAGUAAAAACAAAACUGACAAUGAACCUGGACGACGAAAAGACCAAAACACAUACGUCGACCACAACAAUAAGAGAAACAUCAACAACCACAGCAACAGCAACAACAGCAUCAACGUCUAAAUACACAACAGCAGCAGUGACAAUGAAAAAGCAACGAACGCAACGUCGCUCGCCCAACUCAUGUCAAGGCAAAUCACUAGCACCAACACUAAGUUGCGAUACAUGUUGCCAAGAGGAGUAUAAACCAGAAUUGUUAUUACAGCAGCAUCUGCAGCAGCAUGAGAAAGAUCAUACGCAACACUCGUCGACGCAGACAUUGAAGCCACCGACUUUGCAUAUAGGUAAGGCUGGUCAACCAACUCGUCUUUGUGCUAGACGUAAAGCGAAUAGUAAAGAAAGAGCGAGCAAAACAAAACACGAAAUCAAAACCAAAAUUAUAUACAGCAGCGAAAAACCAGAAAGCAUCGUUACUAACAAUAACAGAGAAACCGGAUUUAUAACAAAAACCACUACAGCAACAGCAAGCUUAAGUGAGGCAUGCGCUAAAAAUAUAAAAUCCACAAAUGUUGCUGACACCAAAGAAAGAACGCAUAAAAGGAAAGAGAGAAAAUCCGAAAAAUCAAAAACAAACGAAAAUCGUUUAGUUGCCGAUAACGUAGAAGUUGAAAAAACUGAAAAUGAAAUAAAAAAAGAUGCAAAGCACAUUGAAAAUGUUGAACAGCAUGCUGAAGACGUUGUUUCCGGAGUGAUAGUGGAUGCUAUUAUAAAAUUACAACAUGAAACGGAGCAAGGAAACGACAAAUCUCCAUCGACGACUACGGAAUCGUUGACGUUGGCAGCCAUAAACGCCAACGUAAGCCUGCCUUCGUUACCAACUGACGUCGAGCAGACGAAUAGCAUCACCACUGCCGAUACUAUUGAGACCAACUCUACAGCCUUCAGUAACUCUACAACCUUCAGUGUCACAGCACACUCGCUUAGCAGCUCUGUGACAGUUCCGACAGCUCCGGUUAUAACUACUAUUGUAAACCCCACAGUCUCUUUGGAUAGUGACAGUAAAAAAGCCUCAGUAUGGCUGCGUCAAGAUUAUACUUGUUUAGAUUCCAGUGAAGCUCAGUCGGAUGACAGUCACUUAACGCGUGAUUCAAUCACAAGAGAAUCACAAAACGACGAGCUUUCUUCGUCGACUUUGGAUAAAAUUGAUAUAACUACCUUACCGCUGCCAGCGUUGCCACCUAAAAAGAGACGAACGAAACUACGUGUUAGCCCUUUGAAGCAUUGUCAUAAUCAUAGAUAUGAUAGCGCUACAGACAAUGUUGCCACAGCUGACGGACUAAAUGAUUUGAAUUCUCGCCAAACUCAAGUAAAUCCAACUUGCAAUCGCAAUUUGUCGGCAUUUAAACAAUACGCAUCGAAACGUAGAGAAAGCUUAGAGGCAUCUACGCGCAGUUUCAACGAGAAACUGGAAGCGCGCAGAAUGCAUUAUCAUAUGGGAGCAGGAGGCAGUGGAGCCGCAAGUUCUACAACUUCAGGAGCGAGCGGUCUUUCUAUGCCCACUUAUUUAUUUGGUGAACAUUAUUAUGGUAGUGGUUUUCCCUCGGCCGUAAGAUCUCGCAAAUGUGCCGGUCCUUCUUCCAAAGAAGAAAUUUAUUUGAAUAAGUCUGGCUGGGUUCAGGUGAACACCAAGCGGGUUAAUGAUGAAAAUCGCAGUUAUCGUCACGGUACCUAUGCCCACCAAAAUGGUGAUUUGCGGAAUACCAUACGUGUCGUACAAAUUGACAAUACCCGCAGAUCCGACGCUUUCGCCAGACAGACACGUUUGCAACAUCAACAUUCAAUGGCAGAAAUGCCCAAGUUUAUGGUUAGUAAAGUGGAAGAAUUGAUACAAAGGAAUGAAGCACGCUUAGGUAAUUGCAAUAUCCGUGAUUCGACUUUAAGGCCUGGCUAUCGAAUUGUUGAUCCACAACUAGCCAGUAUACUAAAUGAUAGGCCUGGCUUUUUACCAGUAAAAAAUCAUGAUAAUGACUCCCCGCCUCCCAUAACUCCCAUAUUAUCACCGCCACCUGCCUUUCAAGACACGAAAAGUAAACAUUUGGACAGAAGACGUCCUGUUUCCAGUCGUUCCCCAGUCAUCGUAACGCCACAUUAUCUUACCACCUCAAACAGUUUACAAGCACAAUCGGUAAAUGGCGGUGUCGCGGGCAAGGGAAUGGUUUUCUCACGCAGUUUCGAAUACGAUACCCGACGUCCACCGCCUACCGAUGCCUAUGUUAACACAUUUUCACGUAGCUUCGAUGGAAACCUUACAGAACGACUACCACCACCUUUGCCACGACGUGACCGUUCUCCAAAUUUUAGUACGCUUACCGGCAAUUCACCCAAUUAUCUAACAAAAAAAGAUUCCGGCGGAGGUAGCAGUGGUAGCUUGCGCAGCCGUGAUUCAUCGCCCAAAUACCAAUCGCCCGCUGCUUCUGUCUCAUCAUCAAUGCAAUCACCACAAACUCAGAAAACCACUUCCUAUCUCAAUACAUCAGUUAAAGAGGCACCACCUUCGUAUAGUGUAGCUGGUCACGUAGCUGGCAAUUCAACACACAAAUAUUCACCACGUUCAUCGUAUCAUGAACGAACGUUUGAGCGCUCCAAAAGUCAAAAUGUACCUUUGGGCCGCUCACGUAAAUCGCAAUUCAGUCGAACAAGUAGCGGAGGUCCGGGCGUAAAUCAGGUCAAUAAUAUAACAAUGUCCAGAUUUCGCAGCUUUGAUACGACAAUUAGCCAACGGUUGAAUUCAUGCGACAGUGGAGCCCGAUCUGAUCUUUCUAAUGAUGAGUUAGAAAUUGAAAAUGAUGACGCCGGUUCAACGGAAUUUUUAAAUACUAACAAUUACCUUCCUUCCUCUACUCUAUCACCGUUUAAGCCGCAACGUCAACGUUCUUUGACACCGGAUCGUAAUGAGUCGCAUAGUUCGUCAAGUAGCUUACGUAAACAACGAUCUCUUACGCCGGAAUCGAGAUCUUUAACACCCGAAGACAGACGUAAGAAAGGUUCGCAAAUCUCUUUAAUAGGCUCACGCCAGAAUUCCAGUUCACGUAGCAAUACCCUAGAGCGUAAACAUGAUAAAUUAAACGUCUCAAGAAGUUCUUCGAGCUCUAGUUAUAGCGGUCGGGAAGGACAUGAAGGUCACGGGUAUGGUUCUGGUGUGGCGGUGAACGUAACAACGAUAACUCAACACAGACGGUCGACUGCUCGAAACGCUAAACAAUCGGAUGAACAUCGCAUUCGGAGAUCCAGAUCCCUCCAAUUAACUGAACGUUCCCCAAAUCGCGGCCAUAAAAUGAUCGUUUGCGUAGGUGGACAAACACAUACGACUUCAAAUAGUGGGCCAACUUAUCAACAGACGAAUAUUAGAGGAAAGCUAGCGAACAAUUUUCCGCCCACUAUAAGAGCUACUGGUAAAUCGCAGUCAAUAUUAUUGAAUGCAACGAAUGGCGGCAACACGCGACUGCGUCAGAACGAUAUCGAUAAGAGUCGUUCAUUUGAUUUCGAUUAUUGUAAUUAUAACUCGCCCAAUAAUACUGUAAGGGGUCAUCAUAGCAACAGCUCGUUGCUUGGAAGUGCGGCCGGUUUAUUGAAUCGUGAAGCUAAUUUGCGUUUAGAUUUUGAUAAAUCGCAUUCGUUUGACGAUGAUUAUCAUGAUCCUUUGACAAGUAAUAACAAUUUGAACGCAGCAGCCAUGCGCUAUUUGCAAGCUAUAGACGGUAAUGGAACGGCAGGAGUCAGAUUGCGACGCACGUCACCCGUAGAAGGUGGUAGGAACAAUAGAUCUCCGCAGUCAUCGGGCUCAUCGUGCAAUAAUCUCAGUGUACCCCGAUCUAGUACAAGUCCACAAAACUACGGCACUCGCUUGUGUGAUCAUGAAAUGACUUUCGAUUUGCUACGCAAAUCAUUAGAUCGUUCACCUAUUAUGGAUUUCAGACGGAACGAGAAUGCUGCCAGUGGUGAUUAUGAUUUUCCUGCAUUACAAGUUAGAAAUAGGGAAACCAUUAAGUCCGGCGGUAACAGCGAACUGAAUUUUUUGAACGCCGACGGUCGUCUAUACGAGCACUCAUUGAAACAGCAACGAUCGUUGCGUAGAACCCACAGUCCCAAUGAAACUCUUUCAUACACUCAUGCUUCAAGGAAUGAUGUAACACCACCUGAAAUCUCCGAUUAUAGGAGCGAGUACACACAGAUAUAUAAUCGCAAUCGCGAUGCGGUACAAAGAACCAACAAUCGCGGCAGUCAUUUAAGCUCAACCACUAAUAUAGAGCAGCCACACUUGAGUUGUCUGCCACAAUGUUCAUUUUGGCCACAAUGCGGUGAUUGUCAAGACUAUCAAGAGGAACCAAAUCAACAGUCGUAUCAGUAUUCUUUUGAAAAUGGCGAUUAUUUCAAGUCAUUGCCGAUCAAAAGGCAAAAUUCUUUACAAUAUCCACGUAUUACUCGCGAAACUGAAAGUCGCAAUUUUUCAAUGAAAGAGCAAAACAGUUUGCCUAGCAGCAGUAGUUGUCAUGUGUCAACUGUUAAAGUGAACGUUAAUAUCAUGAAGUUAGAAACCGAUGGAUUUAGAAACAACAGUGGCAGCAGAAACAGUAGUUGCAUCAACGCCAAUGUUAACGGUUUCUCAAUCAAUGUUAAUAACGAGGCAGAGACAUCUUUUUCAGCACUUUCAAUGCCAACAAACCGCUCCAAAGGCCCAUUAUGGCGCAGCAGCAGCUGUAAUUCUUCUCAAUGGACUUUAUUGUGUAGUGGGAUUGCAGCAAUUACCACCAACACGGACAUUAGUACUACCUCUAUUACGACCACUACUAACACAAACACAACAACAACAAUCACCACGUCUACUACUUUAACCUCAUUAACUUAUAAAACACAGUUAAAUAACACAAUGGUGAACGUCAAAAUGCCGACCACAUCAACGCCAUCUCUGUCACUGUUCACUUCCUACUCAUCAACUGUACCAACAACAAACACAAUACCAACAAUAACUUCAUCGACUUCUUUGUUAUCCACGGGCUUUUCAAAACCGUCGUCGUUAUCAUCGCCAUCAUCAUCAUCAUCAUCAUCAUCAUCAUCGUCAUCGUCGUCGUCGUCGUUGUCGUUGUCGUUGUCGUCGUCAAUACCAACGAAUGCGUUAAAUUGCUCAGCAGCCCGUGUUAUACCUUUGACGGCCACAUCCCUAGUACACUUAGGUAAUUGUGAAAUACCCGUUUGUUGCGAUCACGAUUGGGGGAAGUUCACAGUGACACAACUUGCCAGUGACGAUUCAACAAAAAAUACAAAAAUUGUAUCAGCAUGUGACGGCUUCGAAAGGAAUUUCUCUGUCUGUUGUAGAUUUAACUCGGAUAAUAAGAAAUCAACUAUUCCUGAAAGCAACAAUAAUAGCAGCUUCUAUAAAGACUCAAAACCUUUAAAAAGUUUAUCUCUACCGGAUCUAAAAUUAACACAAAGAAGAAAUUCACGUACAGUGAACACAACGGCAACCACCAAUGGCGGCGUUUGCAUCGUUGGUAUACGAAAUAAUUUUACUUCAAAUAUGUUUCGUGCCGUUUCGAGUCCUUCAUUAACCGCUAGCGCAUUAGAGCAAGAAGUCUCCUCAAAUUCCAAAAUAUGCGGUCCUAUUAAUUCUAGUCAAUUGGAUAGCAACACCAACAGUGACACUAAUUUAACUAACAACACGACCUCUAGUAUCAAUCAAAUGCCAUCUAACCAACAUGUAGGAGUGCUUCAGAAAUUUAAGCGCACCUUAACUAAUUUCAAUAGGCAACCAUCAACACAACCAUCAUGCCAAAACAGUUCUUUACAAAAUUCCCAUAAUUUGGACUCCAUUCACACAACAACAACAGCAGCAACAAACGGUCAAUUAAUCACGUCUGAAACAGAUAUUACAAGUGAUAGCACCGAUAAUGCAUCGACCAGGUAUCGUUUUGGCCCAUUAAUAUGGCGUUCUUCUAAGGAGCGACGUAAAACUAAACACAACCGUCGCGAUAAAUGCAAUAGCGGAGAUUCUGGUAUACAAAUCGAGCUGGAAAAUGAUGAACAAUUUUCUCGCGUUUUGGUCAGCAAUGUUAACGCUGAUGUUGGCAAAAUUCAAGACAGUGAAAUGAGUUCCUUAAAGGUGCGUUCCGUACGUCGGACUAGUUCAGCUAAAGUUUCUUCAUUAAUCGACCAAAAAUCGCCGACUAGUGCAGGGAAUAAAGCAAAGUUUUUAAGACGCUUUGAUUUGCACAAUGAACGAGAAGCUCCUGAAUCUUUGCCCACUCGUUCCUUAAGCCAACCAAGUGGCUUAGAAUCGUUCGGCAUGAAUCGCAACGAUUUGGAAGCUGAUAGCGACAGUGAUAGCGUAACAUCGCACGAUGAUGCGUCUAAUUAUUAUCCUGUUUAUGCGGAAGUUUUGUAUAAUUUCACUGCUGCUGGUCCGCAGGAGUUGGGGUUAGAAAAGGGUACGCUAAUUGAAAUAUUACGUAAAGAAGUUGGUCCCUGGUGGUUUGGCCUCAUUAAAAAAGAAGGUGUAAGCUUGGUAGAGGAAAUUCUAGAUCCUGAAAUGGGAUGGUUUCCCAAAGAAUUUGUACGCGUUAUACAGUCACCCGACACAGACGCUUUUUACUUAGAACACAUAACAAUGCAGCAGUUGCAACAUCAACGCCAACAUUUACAGCAAAAGCAGCAGCGAGACCAUGAACGUUUAACACAACAGCAGCCAUCAAAUCUAAGUUUAUCAACUAGUUUCACUUUAACGCCGAGUAACACCAGCUUAGAGGAUAAUACUAUUGAUAAGCCCGUGAUUGAUCACCAGCAUAAUAAUGUCACAACCAUAGUAAUUGAAUCAUCAACACUAAACCACACGGAUACCGCCUCAAAUACAGCAACCGAGAUAGCUGAUUGUAAUAGCAGCAGAACUAAUUUAGACGAAUUAGAUUGUUCGCAAACAGACACUAACAUCUCCACAGCACAGCAGACUACAUUAUACACCUCUCAGAGUCGUAAUGUCGUAAUUAGCGGAAUAGAUAUAUUACGACGCAGUGCAAUUAAAGAAUUAUUAGAUACUGAAGUCAACUAUGUUAAAUUAUUGGCGUCUAUAUGCGAAGGCUAUUUACUCACCAUGAGCAAACGCAUUGACAUCUUCUCACCAAACAGUAUACGUUUAAUAUUUUCGAAUAUUACUACCAUUUAUAAAUUUCAACGUAAAUUCUUGGAAGCGUUACGCAAAGGUAUAGAGCAGAAUCAAGUGGCAAAGGUCUUCUUAAAAAUGCACAAAGGUUUCCUUUGCUAUUCUUCCUAUUGUAAUGAGUAUCCGCGAGCCUUAAUCGAAUUAGAAUCUUACGAGCGGGUCAAAGACGCUCGUACCAUAUUAGAUAAUUGUCGUGAAUCGGAGAAUUUAGCUGAAUUACCUUUGUCCGCUCAUUUACUUGCUCCUGUGCAACGGAUUUGUCGCUAUCCUUUACAUUUAGCCGAAAUCCUCAAAACCGCUUGUAAAGUAAGCGAAGUAUCCAACUAUCAAUUGGCCGAAAACGAACAAUUGGUGGACGUUAGUCAAUUGUAUAUACCUGAUACGCGUGAAACGCUAGAUAUGGCUUUGGAAGCAAUGAAAAGCAUUACGGAGGCUGUUAAUGAGGGUAAACGUCACAGCGAAACUAUCGCUCGUCAUCAGGCCAGUUUUCAAAAUUUCAAAGGUCCACCUUUGCAUCUAUAUAGUACACGUUUCUUUCUGCAAAUUGAUGCUACGCGUCAGAAACAAAAUCUAUGGAAUAGCAGUAGUACUUUGUUUUUAUUUGAUAAUCAAUUAAUUUAUUGUAAGCGCGACAUUCUAAAAAGAUCGCAAUUCAUAUACAAAGGCCGAAUAUUUUUGGAUCGUUGUCGUGUGAUAAAUGUACGUGAUGGCAAAAUGUUCGGCCAUACUAUUAAAAAUUCUUUAAGAAUUUAUUGUGAGGCGCGGGAUAAAUGGUUCGAUUUCAGUUUUCGUUCAGCUAAUAGAAAACAUCGAUUUCUCAGCACUUUGGCUUUGGAGAGGCAAUUCGGUGGUAAGCCUUUGUAUGUAUCUGAAAUGGCCGGGUUCGAAUAUGCUUUCGAAGAGCGAGAUUACUCCGAUCAGUCGGACUAUGAGACCACAGAGCAUGAACAACAAGGCUUGGGCUCAUCAGUAAGCAGUCAUAGCAUUGGCGGUGCUGGCCACAGAAUGAGAGAAUUUUUAUAUGAAAGUAAUAAUCCGGCAAAUUCAUUAAGCGGUGAUUCUUCUGUACCAGAAUCGCCAGCAAAAUCUUUUAAAUAUUCCGAUACUUUACCAAAAAAAUCAAACUCGAAUAUGACUAAUAACAGCAACAGCAACAACAACAACAUCCACAGCAGCAAUAACAGCAGGAAUGACAAUAAGGUUUCAUCAGAAAGCAAUACCGGUUCCUUAGGUCGCCGCAGAUUGGGAAAUUGGUUUAGGAAACCGAAAAGCUCGGCAUCCACUCCCAACCACUCGCCAACACAUAAACCUGCAGUAUCAGCUCACUCAACCGGAGAUUUACUGUUGGGAGGCUCUGAGUUAACUGAAACAUACACAUUAUCAGAAUCAAGUGGUUUAAGUUCUUAAAACUAUCUAAGCACACUAUAAAUAUAUUUUUCAAACAUUUCUUUAUUUUCUUUUUCGCGGACGGUUCUCAAGCGAAAAAGGAAACAACAACUUAAAACUAUUUAAGAAAAAUUUUAAUAAAAUUUUGAAAAGAAUGCGACCUACUUUCAGCCCCCCUCGUGUGCGUGUGUGUGUGUGUUUUUUUUUUUUUUUGCUUUGCGAGCUAGACGUAGAAAAUCUUCAAAAGAUACUACCGGUUCUUAGUAGCAGCAUGCAUGAUUCGCCAUCCAUGGUGCCUACAUACUGAAAACCUACCCUCACACGCUUUCCCAGCGGGACCACCGUUAGAUAUUACUUCGUGGAGGUUGAUUGUCCUUAGCACGCUUACGAUGGUGGGACCUCAGUGUAAUACUCUGUCGGCUUCCACUCCCUCUGCUCUCCACCCGCUGUCUUUCAAGCCGCCGUAGUUCUUUGAGCACUCCGCUUACAAAGUCGCCUACGGUGCUCCAGACCUCUUUGCUGGCAGUUAACCCCUCCAAUAUUUCACUCUGCUCUAUUUGGCGUCUGGGGUUCUUGUACCUUCUGCAGCGAAAGAUGCUAUGCUAUGCAUCUUCGUUCGUUUCCGAGCAUGUCGGGCAAUUUGGUAACUUGUCGUACCUGAACAGUUACUUUCGGAAACAGCCAUGGUCAGUCAGGAACUGGCUGAGGUAGUAAUUUACCUCAUCGUGUGGCCUCCAUUGCAUUAUAUUUGAGAUAAGAAUGAACGUCCGUCUUCCUUUCGUUGUUCUUUCCCAACGCGAUUGCGAAGUCCUCAUCGGCGCAAGCCGCUCUUCUUUUAUUAUGGCCUCUGGGGAAGGGGCGUCGAUGCGGCUCUUUUCAUGGAUGGGCCUCAUUUCGUCCGCCAAGAUGUCGAUUAGCAUGACGCUAGUAAUCACAAGGGCAGCAUUCUCCGACACUGUCCGGAAUCCACAUAUCUGCCUAAGCGUACUAAGACGAUAUAUUGCCCCAACUUUCGGUACACUGCCUUCACUCUGUGUGCACCGGCCCAGACUUGGCUUCCGUGCAUCAUGUCCGAAGUUAUCACCGCGGCUGUUACUUUUCGAUUGGUGACUUUCGGGCCUCCAAUAUUUGACAUAAUCCUUGCUAACGACGCCUGGAUGCCGGCAGCUUUCUCAGCCGCGUACUCAACGUGGUGCUUAAAGUGGAGUCGAUGGUCGAGCAUAACUCGAAGAUAUUUCAGGGCAGAAGAUGACUGCACCGUUUUUUGCCCCACUCGUGUACAGCAUGUUUCCACGCACUUCCGGCUGAUUAUUAGCACCGCCUCAGUUUGAUCCUCUGUUACCUCUAGCCCCAUCUCUCCUAGCCACGCCUUCACUUUAACGAUAGCCUCGUUAGCCCUCGUUUCCACCUACGUAACGCAUUUUGCAACCACUACGAUUGCCAUAUUGUCGGCAAAGCCAAGACAAUCGUUGCUCCUGUAGGUAGGUUAAGCUCAAAAACACCGUUGGGCAUUAUGUUCCACAAGAGAGGACCAAGAACUGGUCUUUCUAUGACACCCGCCGUUGCUUUCCAUUUCCGUUAUCAUACACUAACGUGCCUUUCCAAAGGCAGCUUGUUAUUAGCUGAAGUAUAUACCUUGGAACCUGCAUUCUUAUGAGGGCUUUACGAAUACUUACCCAGUCCGCCGAGUUGUAGGCGUUUUUCACGCGUAGUGUAAAGACGGCGCAGUACUUUUUAUCUCCGCCCCUCCAUCGGACUCCGGCAAUAGCGUCUGAAGCAAGCGCCACAACAUGAUUUAUGGCAUCUAUCGUAGACCGUGCUCUUCUGAAUCCGUACUGGUUAUCCGAGAGAGCACGCCUUUCUUCGCCCACGACGACGACUAGCAGGCGUUGGUAUACGAUCCUCUCCAAUACCUUGCCCAUUGUAUCUAAAAGGCAGAUGGGUCGGCAUGACGAUGGCCCGUUCGCUGGCUUAUUAGCCUUCGGCAUGAGAACCAACCUUUGGACCUUCCAUUCAUCUAGGAUUAUACUUUCUUCCAGACACGUUGCAGCAUCGUCAUGAAGACGUCCGGCCUCUUUCGUAUCGCUGCCUUUAAGGCCUUGUUUGGAACUCUGUCCGAGCUAGGAGUUUUUUGUCCCCAAAUCCUUUUGCAGGCGGUCAAAAGCUCGUCGUUAGUAAUUACUUCAUCUUCUCCGCCGUGGAAGUCUACCAACACGUAGGGCGGCCUCUGCGAAACGAGUGUUGCUACUAAUGGCCGGAGCCUGAGCGGACAUGGGACUUACGGCGUCCUCUGUCCUUUGACCUUUUUCAGGACGACUUUAUAUGCCGUUCCCCACGGAUUGAUGUCGACAUCCUGGCAUAUUCCAUCGAACCUUCUCCUUUUGCUAGCCCUUAUGACUUUCUCUAAGUCACUGCGCAAGUCUCUGUAGAGUGUAAGCAGUUCAUUAAAGUUUGCCGUCUGGCUUUCAAGCAGUUCGCUCUCAGGGACGCUAUCUCGUCGGUCCACCAAUAGCACGGAGAUCCUUUUCUAGCUGUAUUUCUUCUUCGAGGCAAGCAGCUUUGUCACGUUUCUCUGGAGUUGGCCAGCCAUGCCAUCACCCCUUUCGUAGGAGUCCAUAAUGAUGUUAAAGGCAUCCUUAUCGAAGAACGUGUCACUCGACUUCGGCCGGGUAGUUUUGGGCCAUCUAUUCCCUCCGGUUUGUCUGGUUUCUAUGUCGGGGAAGAUGGCCUGGUUAUCGAUGUUUGUAUACUCUUCACUCAACGACCACUUGCACCUCGCCACUAGGCUGUCACUAACAAAAGUGAGAUAUGCUUUCGACCAACUUCCUGCCUUACGAAACGUAUCCCUCCGCCCAUCAUUCAGAAGAGAUACUUUCAGCACAGUGAAUGCCUCCAACAAGCUGCGUUCUCUCGCAUUGCAGGCCCUACUGUCCCAGUCGAAGGCCUAGGCAUUGAAAUCCCCCGCAAUUAUUACUGACGGUUUCUCUCGGGCGUCUACCAUGAGUUCACCUACCAUGUGCUGGAAUUCGUAUUGUGCCCAGCUUGAAGGAUCGUAGCUACAAAUUUUUCACUUUCGCCCUAACGAGUCAACUGUGCUGGCAGUCCACAUCCAAAACUGCUAUAGGUGUGGGCGUCCAAGUUGCUGCUUUUGUGGACGCAUUGGUUACCGAAGUACCCUGCCCUGCCCUUCGGUAUAGUUCGCUCAAUACUACCAGCUCCAUCUCUUCCUCAACGACGGUUUGCGAUAUAAAACUAAUAUUAAUACAUUUCAAAAUAAAAUAAUGCGAUUUUGCAAUUGAACAUAACCAUAAUGUAUAUAAGUUGCAAAACCUAAUAAUAAGUUCAUCCGUAACUGUAUAAUUACAAUAAGUUGUUAUUAUAAUAUACUAAACAUUGAAGUCUAAUACUAUUCUAUAAUAUUUUUAGUAACAUUUAAAUUUUCUUAAAGAAACUAUCGGUUUUACAUAGACGGUGGCGAUAAAUGGAUGUUUGCUUCGAACAUGCUUUUUCAAAAUGAACAAAGUUGAGAUCUACGUGUGUGACGUGAGUGGACACACACUUUCAAGUAAUCAAUGGACUUUGGUUUUCCAAUGGAUUUCUAAUGUCAAUUAUCAAAAAACAUUUGCUUCAAAAUUAUUAACUAAUAAAAUAUUGAUUAUAUUAAUAAUUUACUUCAACGACCAACAGCGGAACUUUGUAUUAAAUAAAAAUUUUUAAUUUUAUUUGUAGUAAUUAAGUAACAAAAUUUGUAUCAUUGUAUUAUUGUCAUUAUUAUUUUUCUAUUUAUAUACAUAUUUUUUUUAAUUUAAUAGUUAAUAUGUAACAAAUAUCAAACAAGCAAACCGAAGACCUUUAAAAAAAAUAUUUUCAUAUGCUAUUUAAGAUAAUCUCUUUGCGGCCGAUACUGCCUUUAUUAAUAUUUGAUAGAUUUCUAUUGUUCUACCGCUUUCACAAAUGAUUCUGUGUAUGACCUUUAAAUCAAGUCUUUCUCAGUUACCUUAAAUUGGAUAAAAUUUUUACAUGUGUUCACAGCGGACUCGUUUAUUAAAUAAUGAGGAGCUUCUCGAGUCUUCUUUUUAACCAUUAUGUUUAUUCAAUUAAUUUUUUUAAACUUAGCUCAUAAAUUAUUUCUAAAAGUUUUUUUUGUUUUUCUUUUU